CGCAGUUCUAGCAAAGUUGGUGAAUGUUUUAUGAAAAGUGGAACUUGCGGAACCCGUAUCGCGAGAGGGAGGGGCGCGGGAAGCCCCACCUACUCGGAAUCGCCACGAUCACCUCCCCCAGGUGCGGGGAGGCAGUUUCGCUUUAGCCGAUCCGAUCGUGCUUCUGCGCUGCGUCCCUCUUCCGCGACUCGCGUUCUUUUCCGCCGCCUCCGUUUGCGCUUCUCCGCCGCACGUGCGCCCAGCGCUCCCGGGGGACAGCGUCAUGGCAGCCGUGAAGGCGCUCCAGCAGUGGUGCCGAGUGCAGUGCGAGGGGUACCGGGACGUGGCCAUCACGAACAUGACCACCUCCUUCAGGGACGGACUCGCCUUCUGCGCGCUCAUCCAUAAGCACAGACCGGACCUCAUAAACUAUGAUUCCCUUCAAAAGGAAGACAUUUAUGAGAACAACAAACUGGCGUUCAACGUGGCAGAGGAGAAGCUGGGGAUUCCUGCACUGCUGGAUGCAGAAGACAUGGUAGCCCUGAAGGUCCCCGAUCGUCUCAGCAUCCUCACCUACGUGUCCCAGUACUACAACUACUUCCAUGGCCGCUCUCCCAUUGGAGGGAUGGCUGGUGUGAAGAGGCCAGCAGAGGACUCCAAGGAGCAGCCACCUGGGAAGAAGUGCGAGCCUGUGGUUGCUAAGCCUUUCCCCGGCAAACCGACUGCAGACAGCAGAACGCCCCACGCAGUCUCGCCUUCCAUUGCCUCCACGGUUACCCCCAAGCCACGUGAAACAAAGCCGGCAGAACAGGUUUUAGUGGAGCACUCCAAGAAGGGGGGAGGGACUCUUAGUAGCACCUGUGCUGUUUGCAAGAACCAUGUUCACCUGGUCCAGCGACACCUGGUGGAUGGGAAGCUGUACCACAGGAACUGCUUUAAGUGCAAAGAAUGCUCCAACAUCCUGCUCUCUGGGACAUACAAAGCUGGACCGGAACCAGGAACCUUCAUCUGCACCAGUCACCAGACCCCCCUGAAAGGGAGGGAGACUUUAACAGCAGGACCAGCAAAGACAGGGCCGGUGACCAACAAAGUGGCAUCAGGCUGGGCAGCGGUCAAUAAGGAGAGUAGCCCCACAACCCAGCCGUCCACUGCAAACACGAGGCCCAUCAACCCGAGGCCCAGCAGCGCAACCCCCACACCCGUCAAAGCCUGGACACCAUUGGCCGAGAAGACCCAAACCGCUCGGCAGAAGUUCUUUGAGUCCCCCGCCAAUGCUGCUGAAAACUCCAAACCCACAAAUCCCACCCUUGCCUCUCGGUGGCCGAGUUUCUCCACCGAGAGUACUGGUACAAACAAGGUGCCCCAGAGUGUGGAGGACCAGAAGAAGGAAAAGGCCAAGUUGCUCAUAUCCAAGAAGCUAAUGGAUGAAAACUCCAAUAACAGCAAUACAACCCACAGCUUGGGACCGAAACCAGCAGACAACAGGCUGACCUUGGGUUCGGACACGCCCAGCUGGAAGAAGGAUCAAAACAGCCCUGGGGUCACAGGGUUGAAAAAGGUGGACUCUUCUUCUCCAGUUGGGAGCACUACCGCAAGCAAAGGGUCACCGUGGUUAAAGACCAUCGAACUGAAGACUUCUGGACCUGCAGGGGCCCCCUCUGUGAAUAACAAAGAUGCUGCCGUGUCGGAGUCUCCAUCAGACUGGCGAUCCAAACUUAAACCUGUGUCCAAAGGGCCAAAGCUUACGGAACCGCAGGAGUCGCCACUUGCCGGCAAGACAAAGGCCACCCAUCAACCGCCCAAGACGCCAUCGAGUGGACCUGCCACUUCCACCGCUCCUUCUGCAAAGCCCAACAGUCAGACAGCACCGUCUUCCGAGCAGUCAAGCAACGGGUCUGGAACGGGUUGGGGUUUUAAAAAUGGGAAGGGUUCAUCACCCGCAAAUACCUCCAAGCCUGAAAUUAAGUCACCUAAGGCCAGACCAGACUACAUCCCCAAGGAGGAGAUCCUGAAGGAGCUGAAGGAGAUUGAGGACAAUCUAAAUGAUUUGGAGAAGAAAGGAGUGGAGUUGGAGAAACGACUGCGCCGCUGCGAGGAAGAAGGGGAAGAGGACGUCUUGAUGGAUGAUCUAAUGGUGGACUGGUUCACCCUCAUCAGAAAUAAGCAAGUUUACAUGAGACGAGAAUCCGAGCUGGUCUACAUAGCAAAGACUCAGGAUUUGGAAGAGCAGCAGCCAGGUGUGGAGCAGGAGCUCCGCAGGUUGAUUGAGAAGCCAGAACACUUGAAGACUUUGGCUGACAGGAAGAGGGAGCAGGAGCUCAUGGAGAAGCUGGUGGAGAUUGUUAAUGACAGGAAUGCCAUCGUGGAGGGGCUCGAUGAGGAUCGCUUGAGGGAGGAGGAAGAAGACCAGCAGUUGAAUGAGAUGAUGAAGAACCUUGACGUAAAGAAAAACAAAAACAAGAAGAAGUCACCCAUCACCAAGUUCUUCAAGAGGUAGAAUAAAGACUCUGUGGAAGGCUGAUGGGGAGCUGUGGGGAGAGCGGUGUGGAAAAGGUCCGUCGUAGGCGCCGCCAUCGUAGGCGCCGCCAUCCUCGGCAGCACGCGCUCAAAUGGCAUCCGUGGAAAGGGUGUGUGUUUAUGUACAUGAAACAUAAAGCUGCUUCUAAGAUUCAUCUAAUGGGGUCCAUGCUGGUGACAUUGAUUAUCUGCGCUUUAGAGAGGCACAUCAAGCCCCUUAACUCUGGGGUAUAUAUUUGGCAUCCGACACACAUUGCAAUGAAUUGCCAGUUAAUUGCUCACAAUGGCAGAGCUGUGAUGCGCGAUUCCAUAUGAUUUGGUCGUCUAUGGUAAUCUCCUCAUUUUAACAUUAAAAGGAUUUUGGAAUAUCAAACAGGCGCUGCUUCUAAUUCCGUAGCUUUCAAUGAGUUGUCACCGGCUUGUUUUACUCACCGUUCAAGGUGAUUCAUGCUCUCUUCAGUUCCCCGUAGUAAAGAUGUUUACAGCCUUAGCAAAAUGGGAAUAUUGGCAGUGGGUCAAAUGCCACUUUUUAAUGCACCUAAUCUUGUUUUUUCUGAAGGUUUUCUUAUCCGUUUAAUACAGUCAUUUGAAUUUUAUAAUUGGUAGUUCAUGCCAGGACCUAGUUUGGUGUGGUCUUAAAUGAACUCUGCAAAGUAGUAUUUUGUUACUCGUCAAAAGAGUUUGUUUGCAUCCCUGUUGACUGACACUGGGAAGACUCUGUAGAAACUGGUCAUUUUCUCUGGUAAACAGCAGCUGUAUUUAAAUUAAAUUCAUAACGCUAGGAAGCACGUUUGUGCUGAGGGGCCGCGCCGUAAGAAUGGACGUAUUUAUGUUUUGUUACAGAACAAAUCAAGGUUUGAAAGUGUGUGGAAGUAUAAAUGAUGGGAUGUAUUGACUUGAUUCAUAUUGGAUCUUGUAGGAUGUUGCCCUCCUCCAAAAUAAUUUGUGUCAUGUUAUUUAAUGACUAUGAAUUAUGGUUAUGGAUUAUGAAAGGCUACUUUGAUGACUUUACGUGCUUCCUGGAAAAGUGAAAUCAUGUUGUUCUUCUUUGUGGAAACACACUUA